AAUCGAUAGUAGCGCGUUACCUUCGAAUUUAACGGGAACUAUGUCUACAAGUUAAUAGAUAUAUGUUGAGUUAAGGAGGAUCUUGUGAGGAGUUAAAAACAUGUUGUCUGUUCAAGAAGAUACGUUGACAGAGAGAGAUGUACUCUUGACAGUUGAAGAAAGUCAGGAAACAAAUUGUGAUAUCAACAAUUUAUCGAAGAGUUAUUCGGGCAGUGAGACAUGUCUAAAAACCCCGAUUGGACAGGACCAUUACGAAGCGAAUGAAGAGCGAGGGUAUGACACUCUAACCCCUGAAGAUACUCUUCGGCAACGUCGUGUGGCCAAACUUCCCCCGGGCAAAAAGUACCAUUUAUUCAUAUCUUGUUCAACAGAAGACAUAACCGAAGUGAACAAAAUAUGCAAGGAGCUUGAAAGUAGAUUCUUCUUCAAGUGCAUGCAACAUGAUAGGGACUUCGUAAUCGGAAAACCAUUGGACGAUAAUAUUCAAUCCGAAAUGGCAAAAAGCGUAAAGGUUUUGAUAUUGAUGAGUCCUGCAUAUAUCACUAGUCGCUGGUGCAUGUCGGAGGCAGAUGAGGCGGUACGGUUGUCGUAUUCAGAGAGAGAAAAACUAAAGAUAAUCCCUGUUCUGCUGCGACCCCCUGACGAGGGACUUAAACUGCCGCCAUUUCUGAAUCGCUAUCGAUAUAUUGACUCGCAGAAAGAGAAGGAUAUAACGGCGAAGAUAUUUGAAGCUUACUACCAUUCAGAUGCAGUUGAUUAUAUAAAGAUACAAGGUGAACAAGAACUCACUGAGGACGAAAUCAAAAACCAAAAUGGAGCAAGGCUUUUAACGAAAACAUUCAUUCAGCAACGACCAUAUUCCGAAAAGGGAUAUGUGUUCGAGACUGAACAACUUACUUUAAAUGAACGGGAAUAUUUAAAAAAUUUACACGAAAAGUGUGUGGACCAGUUUGAGGCUGCUGUCUCCUUGGUAACCGAUCACAAACUCAUGAGGUACUACAAGAUUUUUACCAUGGCUAUCUUUACCCACGCGGCAGCGUUCUUCUUCUCCGCUACCCUUGUCUCAUCGGUCUCAACCCUGUACAUGACCAGUGUUCUCAUCGUCAGGAACUUUGAAUCAUUUCCUUCCUUUGGUGAAGUGCUGUCAAUUUCACUAUUUGGAGGAUGUUGUUUUUAUAUUGUGUUUGUAGUGGGAAUACUUUUCUAUCGAAGAGGGAUGACAGUUCAUAUACGCAAACAGUUAUGGAAGUCGGUAAAUAUAAAGUAUUUCCGGGAAACGAAGUGUUUGGUUGAUUACAACGAUACAUCUGUUCGGGAACCUGCUAUUUUCAUCUUUCGAUAUGACACAACUCCUUGUCAGGAAUAUCUAAAUGUACUGAUUGAGCAAAAAUAUUUUUACUUGGACGAAGAAGCAAUAAAGACCAUGGCAGAAGAACAGAUUGAUAACAAACUGUCUGAGCUUCAACGUCUUGGUGUCCUGGCAGACUGGUUUCGAUUACCUGUCUACGAUUACAAUCGUCAUCAUACAUGGCUAAGGAAACAGUGCUUGUGUCAAAUGUUGGAGAUGAGCCUGAUUCAAAGGGAAGUGAUUACAGUGUGACAACUUUGAAACAAAAUGAUGGAGAAUAUUGAAAGUGUUUUACUGAAGUAAUGACUAGGGACAAAAUGAAACGAACCAAAGUCAUUGACUACUUCAUUUUAAUAUUUAUACUGAUACAUGUACUUAUUUGAUUCUCUUAUAUGUAUUUCUGUUUUUUUUAAACAGCUGCCUGGAUCUGCGCUUAGUUACUUAUUUAUGAUUAUUUUAAAGUUAUUUAUUAUCAUUUAUUCUUUUUUGUUGAUGGUGGUGCUUUUGUAAUGUGUUUAGGUAAAGUUAUUUAUAUAUUUACAAUUAAAUAACGUUGCUGCUUUGAUUAAAUAAGUGUUAUUAUAUGCUACAAUUA